CAUUUGACAACAGGAAGUGGAACGGGAUGUGACGUAGACGUCGCGCGCAUUGGCGCGGAAGUUUGUUUGGAUCUUCAAUCCGGUGUUUGUCUGUGGGAUUAUUUCGCUGUAAAAAACACAGAAGAAAAAAUGAUGAGGAGAAAACGCCGCUCAUCUGUGGACAAAGAAGAAACGUUUUCUACAGCCGCCAAACCAAAGAAGGGCCGCAGCGCUGGUCGAUCAGCUAAAGAGGCUGUUGCCGUGGAGACGAAUGAAAGCGUGUUUGUUGCCUUUGUAAGAAAGGCAGGAGUCACCUUAAAGCAUGACGCCCAGUCCAAUGAAACCACUGCUGAUCUGGUGGUUUUCCAGAAGAGAAUCCAGCAGCAGCUGCAGAAGAGUCCUCAGUUCCCCGGCAUCAUUCAGGAGUUCGUCUCCAGCAUGGAGGCAUACAUAGAAAAUGCUGAUGCUCUGAGGACCUGCCUGCUUCCAUGUGUCCCUCAGACGUCUGACAGAGACUCCAGCUCUUCCAGCUCCUUCCAGGAGAGCUUGCUGCGGAUGCUGCUGGGCGUCGAGACGCUGCAGACUUUGAUUAUUAACAUUUUGCUUGAGAAAAUCCCAGAGUUCAUGCUCGACAGCUCUGGGGAUGGAGGUCUCAGUGUCCCCAGAAUGAUCAUCAACCAGCUGAAGUGGCUGGACAGAAUCGUGGAUGCUAAGGGUUUGUCAGUGAAACUCCUGGAGCUGGUGUCAGUAGCUCCUGUGGAAGUUCAGAGGGACAUCAUCACCAGUUUACCGGAGAUACUGGAGGACUCGCAGCACAAUGAUGUCGGGAAGGAGCUCAAUUCUUUGCUGCAGGAGAACACUCAGCUGACUGUCCCCGUGCUGGACGCUCUCUCCAGCCUCAACCUCAGAUCUUCAUUACUGACUGAGGUGCGGAGCGCCGUCAUGGCCACCAUGGCUGCUGUGCAGCUGGAGGACCUUCCUGUGGUGGUCAAGUUCAUUUUGCAGUCCGUCUCGUCCUCUGAUGCGUUUGAGGUGGUGUGUAACCUGCGCAGAAACCUGGAGCUGGAGCAGUGUGUUCUCCCUCCGGUCAUUCAGGCUUCUCAGACUCUGCUGAAGACUAAAAGAGCUGCAGUGUCUGCUCCUGCAGCAGCGGGCAGCAGCCAGGACAGCAUCACGCUGGUUCUGGACGCCAUCAAGUCCGCUGUGCGCUUCCAGAAGACCAUCUCAGAGGCGUGGCUUAAGGCAAUAGAGUCUGUGGAGGAAGUGGAGGAUCACAAGGUCAUCGAUCUGCUGAUGCUCCUCAUCCUCCACUCCACCAACGCCAACCAGAGCCGCCGGGGGGCGGAGAGGAUGCUGAAGCUGAAAGUGCGGUCCGGCCUCAUCCAGGAGCCGCUGCUGCACCGGACCUUCAGAGACUACGUCCAGGUCGUGCGAGGAUACUUCUCAUCCGUCCUGGCUCUGGCUCAGAGCUUGCUGCGCUCCCCCGACCCCGGCCUGGUGGCGUUUGGAGGGCACAUGUACCGAUGCUCUUUCACCUUGUUUGACUCUUACUGCCAUCAGGAGGUGGUGGGCUCCCUGGUGACCCAUGUGUGCAGCGGUGCGGAUGGAGAGGUGGACAUGGCUCUGGAGCUGCUCUGUGGUUUGGUGACAGAGAAACCCUCAGAGAUGUCACUAUAUGCUGUGUUUGUCAAGGGAAUCCUGGACUACAUGGACAACCUGACGUCUCAGCAGAUUCGGAAACUUUUCCAUCUUCUGAGCCGGCUGGCGUUCGGGCAGCAGCAGCAGGGCUCUCACAUCCAGGAUGACAUGCACAUCGUGAUCCGGAAGCAGCUGUCCAGCACGGUGCCCAAGUACAAGCGGAUCGGCAUCAUCGGCGCCGUCAUGGUUAUAGGCAGCAUGGGAGCCCUGAGACCUAAAGGGGCGGAGUCUCACGGCCUGUUGUCCCAGGACGCACUCCGACAGGUGACGGCUCUGAUGGAGCUGGUGAAGUCCAGCAGUGAGAGCUCUCCUGAAGCUGCAGCUCUGUACUACGACGAACUGGCCAACCUGAUCUGGAGCUCCACUCUGGACCCGCAGGUGCAGGAAAUGAUUGGAAGUCGAGUUCUGGAUGAUUUCCAGGAGGAUUUUGUGGUGGACCUCGGGCCGGAUGUAACCGGCUCUUUCCUUUUACCGCCUCGUGUGCUGUAUAACCUGGAUGAAGAUGAGAGUCAGGGCGGCAUCGCCAUCAACCUGCUCCCCCUACUGGCCAAAGACGCACAGAGCAAAGGAGACGAGCUGACUCAAGUCAACAAGACACAAAAGAGAGUUUCUCCUCUGUGUUUGUCUCCGUUUUUCCGCCUCCUGAGGCUCUGUGAGGAGAAGCGGCACCAGGGAGACCUGGAGGAGAUCGAUGCUCUCCUGGGGUGCCCCCUCAUCCUGACAGACAUGGAUGCAGUGGAUAAAGUCCAGAGCCUGUCGAAAGCUGAACGAGAGUUCCUCUGCGCUCUGCUCUUCCACACCAUCAACUGGUUCAGAGAGGUCGUGAAUGCUUUCUGUAAACAGACGGAGACUGAGAUGAAGAUGAAAGUCAUGACUCGACUGCAGAACAUCACCUACCUGCAGACGCUGCUGGAAAAGGCUUUGGCUGAAACUCCUGGUUUUGUUCCACCUGCUUCCAACUUUGAUGGAGAAAGUUCUGACAGGCUGGCUUUGUCCUCGGCUGUUCCUGCACUCAAGACAAAGAAAGACGGCGGGGGAAAAAAGAGGAAAGCUGCAGCGAGAAGUUCCUCUGAAGGCAGUUCUCAGCCCGCGGAGGCGACUGAAGCAGAUGAAACUCAGCAGGAGCAGCCGGAGAAGGAGAAGGAAAAAGACGUCUCUCCGGGGGUCAGUCUGUCGGUCUUCAGGCCGUUUUUCAGGGAGCUGGACCUGGAGGUUCUGAGUGUUCUGCAGUCCGGGCUGCUGUCUCGCUCCCUGCUGGACUCAGAGCUUCACACUAAGGUGCGGGAAGAGGUUCUGCUGGGCCCCGCUGAGCUGGUCUUCUUGCUGGAGGAUCUGCUUCACAAACUGGAGUUCAGCCUAACAGCCGCCCCCACCAAGAGGGCUCCGUUCCUGAAGCCGAGGGCCGACAGAAGCGUCGGCUUCUCCCACCUGCAACAGCGGAGCUCCAAAGAUAUCGCCUCCUAUUGCGUCCAGCUGCUGCCCGCCCUCUGCACUCACCUGGAGAACUGCCACAACCAUUUCCAGGCUCUGCUGUCAGAGAACAACGGCUGUGUUGACGGACCUGCUACUGACAUGCAGGAGUAUCGGAUGAUGUCAGCAAGCUACCAGCUGCUCCUGCAGGUCCUGAACACCAUCUUCAGCUGGUCGGGGUUCAGUCAGCCCGGACACAGGAACUUACUGAAGAAAGCUCUCGGCGUUUUGGCCGAACGUCUGAAAGAAGGAGAUGCUGAUCUGACGCUGGAGCAGUUUGUGAAGCAGAGUUUUGAGUACCUGCUGAACUUCCGCAGCACAAUGCCGAGCCUCAACACGGCUCUGUGUCUCUCCCAGCUUCUGUCCACCGUGUCGGAAAAGGGAGGAAACGCUGCUGCUCACAGAGAUCAGACCGCUUCCCUCGUACGCCACUUCCUGAGCCAGGUCUGGGUAACAGCCAGUGGAGAGAGGGAGCGAGGGAACAAAUUCAAUGAGGCUCUGCACGCCCUCCUAACCAUUUAUCUGGAGCAGGUGGAUGAUAUCCUGAAGGUGGUGGAAGAAAUAGCUGGAGAAGGAAUCACUGAGCUUCUCAAUGUGUCGAAGGACGAGAGCUCUGCAUCCUGGCCAACUCUCAACAGGCAGACGUUCCUCGUAUUCUACAAAGUGAUGCUGGCAGAGCUGGAGAAAGCCGUCAGGAAAAUUCCUGCGGGAAAAUCGAGCGACGACUCUGAGGCUCAGAGCGAGAAGCUGCUGACAUGGAGCCUGGCAGUCAGAGAUUUUCACAUCCUGGUAAACCUGGUAAAGGUGUUUGACUCCAGGCCAGUGCUCAACGUCUGCUUAAAGUACGGACGACUCUUCCUGGAGUCUUUCCUGAAGUUGGGAAUGCCACUGCUGGACUACAGUUUUAAAAGGCACAAGGAGGACGUUCAGAGUUUGCUGAAGACCUUCCAGCUCAGCACUCGUCAGCUCCACCACAUGUGUGGCCACUCUAAGAUUCGUCAGGAUACCAGCUUGACAAACCAUGUCCCAGCCUUGAAGAAGAGUCUGGAGCUGUUCCUCUACAGAGUGAAGGUCAUGCUGGCGCUCAACAACUGCCAGGAAGCCUUUUGGAUGGGGAAUCUGAAGAACCGCAAUCUGAAGGGAGAAGAGAUUCUUUCACAGCGAUCACAAGAGAGUGAUGAGGAUGAAGAGGAAGAGGAGGGCCAGGGUCUGCCUCUUCCACAGCAACUGUCAGAGGACGAGGCUGAAAAGAGCGACUCUGAAGCUCCAAAGAAGACUAGCAGAGGAGUUGAAGACGAAAGUACAGAUGACUCCGAAUAAUCCACAGAAUGACAUCAACCGAGGGGCUCUAUUGUUUUCAACCCUGUAUUGAGUUAAAGAAAAUCUAAUUUAAAGUUGCAUGUUUAUAUUUUCUAUGUAAUUGUAUUACUUUUAGUGCCAGGCAUGCAGGAGGGGGAAACUGUAACACAUUUGUUUAUCACCUGUUUUUAUUUCAGUAAGAACUUUAGGUUUACUACGAGUUCUUGAAAUUCUUAAAAGCUUGUAAUUAAAGAUCUCAGUUUUGGAGUAUUGCACCUUCACAUUCAGCUCUGUAAAAUGUUAUUUCUGUCAACACAAUAAAAAAGUUUUUAUUAAAUGUAA